GGGGCAGAAUCAUUGCAAUACCCAGAGAGAGAGAGAGAGAGAGAGAGAGAGAGAGUUGUAGUUGUUUCUCUAUGCAGUUGCACUCUUAAUUUGUUGGGUUUUGUAGUGAGAAAUAUGUGUCUAUAAUCUAUCACAUAGACACAUAGUGAAUAGUGAUUGUGUAGCAGUAUAUAUAGAGAUAUUAGAGCGUGAGAAAAUGCAGCAGCACCUGAUGCAGAUGCAGCCCAUGAUGGCAGCCUACUACCCUAACAACGUCACCACUGAUCACAUUCAACAGUACCUGGAUGAGAACAAGUCCUUAAUUCUGAAGAUUGUUGAAAGCCAGAAUUCUGGCAAGCUGAGCGAGUGUGCCGAGAACCAAGCAAGGCUACAGAGAAAUCUCAUGUACUUAGCUGCAAUAGCUGAUUCUCAACCCCAACCACCUACCAUGCCGGGUCAGUAUCCUCCCAGUGGAAUAAUGCAGCAAGGAGCACACUACAUGCAGGCUCAGCAGGCGCAGCAGAUGACACCACAACAACUAAUGGCUGCACGUUCAUCCCUUUUGUAUACACAGCAACCAUACACAGCACUUCAACAGCAGCAAGGCAUGCACAGCCAUCUUGGGGGAAGUGCAGGGCUUCACUUGUUGCAAAGUGAAGGAAGCAAUGUGAAUGUGGGUGGAAGCAGUGGAACAUUAGGUUCAGGUGGGUUUCCUGACUUUGUCCGUGCCUCCACAGGGGAAGGUUUGCAUAGGGGUAUUAUUGGAAGUAGCAAGCAGGAUAUUGGAGGUUCAGGUGAAGGACGGGGUGGAAGUUCUGGCGCUGAAGGGGGUGAAACCCUUUACCUCAAAUCUGCUGAUGAUGGAAACUAAACUAGCCUGAGAAUUUGGUAAAGUUGCUGCUAUUUUAAUAGCUUUUGUUAGUUGAUUAGUAUUAGAACCAGGCAAUGACAUCAAUAUUAAGUAAAGUAGCUAGGUGAAAAACUUGCUCCUUAUAUAUAUAUAUUAAAUAUGCUUGUUUAGCUUGUGCUUGAGGCAAACCGUUGCCAUCAUGUUUCUAUAGUAGCUACAUAAAUUAAUGAAUCUUCUAGCUGUGGCGCUCAAAUAACGUGGUUUUCCCAUCUAUGCGGUUAGUUUUAUCAGAUUAUAUAUAUAUAUAUUAUGAUUGU